ACUGGGAAACCCAUGACUUCCACUUUUUCCUCGGUAUGAAACCGAGCGCGGCGCGCGUCAGCAGGGCAGGCGGAUAAAAGGGCGUCAUGGUGCCUCGGGUCGCAGCAUUCACUGCCAGGGUCGGACCGGACUGCAUGACGCCUGCCAGGACUAUAAUAUCAAAAAUAACAACAACCGUGGAUGUAAAGCCGCCCCGGACCACAGGAGCUGUGCAACUCUUCAAGUUUGCGCUUUGCGCCAGUUUGUUCGUCAGUCUCGAGAGAGUCGCACCGUUUCUCCACGCGCAGACCGCCUCCUGCCGACGGAUGGAACCUCAGGGGAAGCAAGUGGACCCCGAGUCUCUGCACGAGCGCCGCCGGCGGAGACGCUGUCUGGACGUCUUCUUCACCGUGUCCAUCGUCUUCCUGUACGUGGCGAUGGCGGCGGUGACGGGCUGCGGGGUGAUGUUUGUGAUGAAGUCGGAGCCCAGCAGUCAGAAGUAUGACCUUCUGCGGGAGACACGACCUCAAACAUACCAGACGGAGAACUUUGUCUAUUUGGAAUCAAUUUCCGGCCAGCUGGAUUAUUCCUCCAACAUGCUACUGGCUGCAAUCCACUCUGGUGACGGAACAUCUGUCGGACGCAACUUUGAGUUUAACUCAAAAGUGCAUUCGCUGACCCCAAGACGGGAAGGAUACUACUUCAUGUACGUGACUCUCAAUGUCACCUGCACCGCCAACUGCACUAGAGGCCGACUCAGCGUGAAAGUGAACGAGAAGCUCACCUGCGAUGUGGAUCUUCCAUCGACAGAUCAGCUUCCAUCGAAAGAGAGAUCUGUGACGCAGAGGUGCUGGACUGUAACCCGGUUAGGUGUGGAGAAACUCAGCGCCCACAUAACACCAAGAGGGCUGCAGAACUGGAAACUGGAGAGCCAAGGCUCGGGACUUGGGAUGUUCCUCGUGGACUGACGUGUGUGCAGUGAUGCCGCUGCUGGGACUCGUGUAUUCUGGACAGAUACACUCCAGUUUGUUAUUUUUAAAGGUGUGAGCGGACGCUUACAGGCAGGUUCUGUCGGCAGCUUGCAAAGCUAUGAUGUUUUAUACAAACUGAAGGUGACUGAUGGGGAAAUGUUAAGUCGGAGCCUGGGAAGUUGCACUUAUAAUGAAAAUGGGACACAGACUACAGAGACAGUGUGUGUGUGUGUGUGUGUAUGUGAGUGUGUAUGUGUGUGUAUGUGUAAUAUAUUUAUUCUGGAGCACAUAAGUAUUUAUGUAUUUAUAACUAUUAUCCUCUUGAACUUUGCUGCGAUGCCACUACAUUGAUGCUAAUGUGCAAUAAACUGUUGUUUCACUCAGUAUUCACUGGCAGUUUCAGAGACAGGUUUCUUACAUGAAAUGUCAGAGUCAUCUAUCUAUUGUUUACAAAGUUUGUAAAUAUAAUUCUGCCCUGAAAUACACAAAAUCUUGAAAGAAAUUGCUCUCAGUGCAUCUGUAUUUGGUCAUUUAGACGAUUUUGUCUUUCUUUUUUUAAGCAAAUGAUAAGUAAAAACAAUGAGUAACGCUGUUUGAAAACAGCUUUCAAGGAAACAAAGUGAUUAAAAACUAUCUGAGUGGAAUGAGCACAUGAUCAGGAUGACUGUAUAUGCCUGUAAUGCGCCUCUUUGUUUCAUUUGUCAGAAACAAUGUCAGGACACUUUGUGAGAAAACAUUGUUCUGAAGAAAUAUGUAAGUCCUAUGGACAAACUAAUCACUGUUGAAUGUACGUUGUUAUCGUCCAUA